AUGAAGCGAAUCGUGGGGGGUUCGGAGGCGCGGGACGGGGAGUGGCCCUGGCAGGUCAGCCUGAGACUCAACGGCACCCACCACUGCGGGGCGUCCCUCAUCUCCCCACAGUGGGUGCUGACGGCAGCUCACUGCUUCAGAAAGACCAGGAACCCUUCCCGGUUCUCAGUGCUACUUGGGACCCACAAGCAGCUGCACCCCAGCCCCCAUGCUGUCAUAGCCUCUGUGGGGCAGAUUGUCCCCAACCCCCGCUACGGGGGCAAAAUCUCCAGUGGGGAUAUCGCCCUGGUCCGGCUAGAGAGGCCCGUGAACCUCACCGACCGCAUCGUCCCCAUCUGCCUCCCGGACGCCCAGGUCCAGUUCCUGCCAGAGACCAAGUGCUGGGUCACUGGCUGGGGGGAAGACAAAGAUGGAGGGGACGGCAAAGCCCCAGAGAUGCUGCAGAAGCUCGAGGUGCCCAUCAUGGCCCAGGAAACGUGCAACGCCCUCUACUUCAAGGGCAAAGCGCAGACCAUCCAGGAGGACAUGCUGUGUGCCGGGUACACCGAAGGGGGCAAGGACGCCUGUCAGGGUGACUCCGGUGGUCCACUGGUGUGUAAAAUGGGACAGAGCUGGGUCCAGGCAGGCGUGGUGAGCUGGGGAGAAGGCUGUGCUCAGAAAAACCGCCCCGGCGUUUACGUCCGAGUCACCAGUUACCACGGCUGGCUCCAAGAGACCGUCCCAGACCUGGCGUUUGUCCAGGGCACCAUGAAUGGAACAGCCCACAGCUCGGUGGCUAACAGGAACCGCGAGAAAAAAUUCAAAGACGGCAGCUUCAGUCAUGCGCCCGUGGUGCUAGCCAACACCCUGCUUCUUGCGGCAUGUGCCCUACACCUCAUCUGA